ACCUAUCUCCCUCCCCCUAACCUUAGUUUCAAGUUCCAAAUCACCUCAAAUCUUGUACUCAAAUAGUUCUCGUCCAAAAAAAAAAAGAGAGAUGUUGUGGGCGUACCCUCCAACAAGGCGGCAAAUGGUAGUGACGGCGGUUGGAAUGGGCAUAGGAGUGACAAUGAUAGCAGUUGGUGCUUAUCUCUCCUUCGCAAACGUUGCUCCUCAACAAGCCCGUGCUAAAGCUCGUAGUGAUUUCGUCAGACAGCGUCUUCGCAAAUUCUUGGACGAUUGAUUGAUUGAUUGAUUGAUUGGUUUAUCAACAUAUUUAUCAUUGCUUUCUUUUGCAGCUUUUGAUUUCAUUUUAUGGUUGGUUUUUAACAAGUGAAAUUUAACUGCUGUUUUUUUUUUUUUUUAAUUGUUGGAGGGCUGUGUAAAUUGCUUUAUUAAUCGAUUGAAAUGUGUCAUCUGUAUGUUACUAAGUUGUGGAACGAAUAAUUAAUUGUUGAUUUUUGAAUUUGGUUAUAUGAUGAGAAAAUUCUGCUGUUGUUGAUGAAGAA